CAGAAGAAAAUGUUCCUCUAUGUAUAUAUUUCUUUCCUUCUCUAUAACUCUUCUGUACAAACAAAUACAAAAAAAGGCGAAUCCCUCGCCCCCGGCUCGACCCGGUUUAGGCGGUUUGGUUUCCAGAAAUCAAUCGUGCCAGCAUAGAAGCAUGACCACACAUCUCCUAAUGAUAUACAGCCGCGCCCUUUGUUCUCUGAUCACGCCUCCGAUCCCCCGGCUCGUCGAGAUCGCCUUCCUCCCCUUUGACGACGCUUUUCCGGCGGCGGAACUGUUCAUCGCCGGCAACUUCAUGGAGAAAGCGAUUUUUUUUCUCGUUCCUCUUAAUUCACUUGCCCCGGUUUUUAAGAAAAAAGAUUUGGGAGGAAAAAUUGAAGUGAAUGAAGAAAGAGAAGAUGAGAUCUCCUUCUUCAUGGGGAUCGCAACUUCUUCGCGCAAAGAUCGCUCUGGGACGUGACGGAAACACCUUUAGAUCAACAUGUAUUUUGUGUUUUUCCCUCACAAUCACUCCAAAGAAUCCGGCCUUGACCUCUGUUUCACACACACACACAUAUAGUCAUCUUCAAACUCAAUAUGUAAUUAGAUGCUGUCUUGAAUAAAACCUCUUUAAUAUU